AUGACUGACAACUAUUUGCGACAAGUCAUCGACCAUGCUCAACACAAUCAUCGUUUGCGAGGAACCAUGAGCGGAAUCUUCUACCAAACUGCGUAUGCAGCUGCUGGAGCUGGAGCAGGAGGUCUUUUCGCUGGACCAAUUGGAGCAUUGUUCGGAACUAUGGCAGGAGCAGUGUAUGGAUAUGCUAACUCAGAAGAUUACUCGAGCGUGUUCGGAAUAAUUGGAAAUUUGGAAGAUGAGGAAAAAGAUAUUCUCACAUCUACGAUCAGAAAUCACGUGGGAGGGCUCACUUUUGCCGAAUUCGUCAACUGGUUCAAAGACCUCAAUCAUCAAGCAACUUUCAUGCAACUUCUCAUGGCUUACUUGGCCGCUAACCAACAAAAAUCCGCUGGAACCUCAAGACGUUAA